AUGAGUCCUAUUUCAAUAAGGAUACUUCGAGCUAUACUCACGCAAAGAAACCACUUUAUUGCCACUUCAAUUUCUGGUGAACUCGACUGUCUUUCCAAAAAUACUCUCGGAACCCUAUUUUUACAAAAUGAUAUUGAAAUUUGUUUUAAAGAUGCCACAAUUACUGUUACAUUUAGUUACCAAGGAAUGAAAUCAGCGAAAAAGGUACUAGUUGCAAAAGUAACUACAACUAUUGUACUAGUACCAACACGUGCAAUAUUGAAGAAGAGUAAAAUUCUCGUCAUAGAUGAAGCAACAGCUAAUGUUGAUAAUGCGACGGACGAAUUAAUUCAAAGAUCAAUUAGAGAAAAAUUUAAAGAUUGCACAGUGUUAACUAUAGCCCAUAGAUUGCGUACAGUGAUUGAUAAUGAUCAAAUUAUGGUGCUGAGUAAUGGUGAAUUAAUUGAAUAUGAUUCGCCUUAUACUCUGUUAGACAAUCCUUUAUCAUAUUUAACGGAUUUAGUCAAACAAACUAGUCCGGCGGAAUGCGAACAUUUAAAAAUAUUGGCACGUAUAGCUUAUUUAUCAAUGUCAUUGCAAAAACGACAAGGACAAAUAAAUGAUGAAUGUAUUAUGAAUGACGAUGAAGAACAGCAAAUAGACAAUGAAACAGAUCGUCUACUAAAGGAUAAAACAAGUAGUUUCAAUAUUAUUGCAUAG